CAAACCCCGCCCCGGAUCAAAUGACCAACCAAUAGGGAGUUGUCAUUCAAGUCUUUUCGCGGGCUUUGGGUAUCACGUGAUUCUUUUCGCGCGAAAACUGACGACUGUCCUGUAACAGACAGAGGCGGCAGCAGCAGCGGCAGAAGCAGCAUGGCGGAUUCCUCUGAAUCGUUCCACGGAGCCACCAGCCCCAAUCCGGGUCUGAGGAGGGGAGACCCCACGUCCAGCCCGGGCCGGGACCUGCCCCCUUUCGAAGACGAGUCUGAGGGGCUGCUGGGAGACACGCCCCUCCCAGGAGAGGAGGAUGAAGGGGAGGAGCUUAUCGGUGAUGGGAUGGAGAGGGACUACCGAGCCAUCCCGGAGCUGGACCGGUACGAGGCCGAGGGUCUGGACCUGGACGAUGAAGACCUUCCAGACCUGUCUCCAGGAGCCCGAGCUGCUGCUGAGGAGGAGAUGAGGAGGAGAGACCGGGAGCAGGGGGUCAGCGGGAGGCUGAGGAGGGGGCUGCUGUACGACAGUGAAGACGAGGACGAUGAGCGUCCCGCGGCUCGCCGGCGCCGGCUGGCGGAACGUGCGGCGGAGGGUUUAGUGGACGGAGAAGACGAGGAGAUGAUUGAGAGCAUCGAGAACCUGGAGGACAUGAAGGGUCACACGGUGAGGGAGUGGGUCUCCAUGCCGGCGCCACGCCUGGAAAUCUACAACCGCUUCAAGAACUUCCUUCGGACCCACGUGGAUGAAAACGGCCACAAUGUCUUCAAGGAGAAGAUCAGUGACAUGUGCAAAGAGAACAGGGAGAGUUUGGUCGUGAACUACGAGGACCUGGCGGCGCGGGAACACGUCCUGGCUUACUUCCUGCCAGAAGCUCCGGCUGAGAUGCUGAAGGUUUUUGAUGAAGCGGCCAAAGAGGUCGUUCUCGCCAUGUACCCGAAGUACGACCGCAUCGCUCACGAAAUCCACGUGCGCGUCUCCAACUUGCCUCUGGUGGAGGAGAUCCGGGCGCUCCGGCAGCUGCACCUGAACCAGCUGAUCCGGACCAGCGGCGUGGUGAGCAGCUGCACCGGCGUGCUGCCCCAGCUCAGCAUGGUCAAGUACAACUGCAACAAGUGCAGCUUCGUGCUGGGACCCUUCUUCCAGAACCAGAACCAGGAGGUGAAGCCGGGCUCCUGCCCCGAGUGCCAGUCUCAGGGCCCCUUCGAGGUCAACAUGGAGGAGACGGUGUAUCAGAACUACCAGAGGAUCACCAUCCAGGAAAGUCCGGGUAAAGUGGCGGCUGGCCGGCUCCCACGCUCCAAAGACGCCAUCCUGCUGGCCGACCUGGUGGACAGCUGCAAACCUGGAGACGAGAUCGAGCUGACGGGGAUCUACCACAACAACUACGACGGCUCCCUGAACAUGGCCAACGGCUUCCCGGUGUUCGCCACCGUCAUCCUGGCCAACCACAUCAGUCGCAGGGAUGAGGGCGUGGCCGUGGCCGAGCUGACCGACGAGGACGUCAAAGCCAUCCUGGCUCUGUCCAAGGACGAGUGCAUUGGAGAGAGGGUCUUUGCCAGCGUCGCUCCGUCCAUCUAUGGUCACGAAGACAUCAAGAGAGCUCUGGCUCUGUCCCUCUUUGGAGGAGAACCCAAAAAUCCAGGUGGGAAACACAAAGUCCGUGGAGACAUCAACGUGCUGCUGUGUGGAGACCCGGGAACGGCCAAGUCCCAGUUCCUCAAGUACGUGGAGAAGGUGGCCAGCCGCGCCGUCUUCACCACAGGUCAGGGAGCGUCCGCCGUGGGCCUGACCGCAUACGUGCAGAGACACCCCGUCAGCCGCGAAUGGACGCUGGAGGCCGGAGCGCUGGUGCUGGCCGACCGCGGGGUCUGCCUGAUCGACGAGUUCGACAAGAUGAACGACGCCGACAGGACCAGCAUCCACGAGGCCAUGGAGCAGCAGAGCAUCUCCAUCUCCAAAGCCGGGAUCGUCACCUCGCUGCAGGCACGCUGCACCGUUAUCGCCGCCGCCAACCCCAUCGGUGGACGGUACGACCCCUCCUUGACCUUUGCUGAGAACGUGGAUCUGACUGAGCCCAUCGUGUCCCGCUUUGACGUUUUGUGCGUGGUCAGAGACACGGUGGACCCCGUGCAGGAUGAGAUGCUGGCCCGCUUCGUGGUUGGCUCACACAUGAAGCAUCACCCCAGCACCAAGGAAGGGGGCGUGGCUCUGGAGGAGAUGGUGCUGCCCAACACCACAGAGGUUCCCCCGAUCCCACAGGACCUCCUGAGGAAGUACAUCAUUUACGCCAAAGAGCGGGUCCACCCCAAACUGAACCAGAUGGACCAGGACAAGGUGGCUCGCAUCUACAGCGACUUGCGCAAGGAGUCCAUGGCCACUGGCAGCAUCCCCAUCACCGUCCGGCACAUCGAGUCCAUGAUCCGCAUGGCCGAGGCCCACGCCAAGAUGCACCUGAGGGACUACGUCCUGGAGGACGACGUCAACAUGGCCAUCCGAGUCAUGCUGGAGAGUUUUAUCGACACGCAGAAGUUCAGCGUCAUGAGGAGCAUGAGGAAGACGUUCGCCCGGUACCUGGCCUUCCGCAGAGACAACAACGAGCUGCUGCUCUUCAUCCUGAAGCAGCUGGUGGCCGAGCAGGUUGCCUACCAGAGGAACCGCUACGGCGUGCAGAACGACGCCGUGGAGAUCCCAGAGAAAGAUCUGCAGGAUAAGGCUCGGCAGAUCAACAUCCACAGCCUGACGGCUUUCUACGACAGCGACCUGUUCCGCUCCAACAAGUUCAGCCACGACGGGAAGAAGAAGCUGAUCCUGCAGCAGUUCUGAGGACGGUUCUCCUCGUCUGGUUCUGGUUCUGGGAGGACGGACUGCUCCUCUCAGCUGUAAAUAGAUGUACAUGUUUCUGGUUUAAAGAGGCUGAAAUAAAUCCAUGCAAUAGAA